AUGACAUUAAUUUCUUCUAUUGUCCAUUUUGGCCCAAAUAGCCAAACCAAAGGUUUAAUGGUUGAGGCAACAAAUAAAAGCAAUGGUUAUGGUAUAAAUGGUGUCUCAAAAUUUAUGCCCCGUCCUGGAGCUUAUUUCUAUAACGGUAUUGGCAACCCAUUCAUUUUAUGGGCUUCUGGCAUUGAUAGAUUGAUUCCCCAUCCAGUUUAA